CUCAUGGCGUGCCCAUGGAGAAUCUGCAGACGAUCGCAGCAAAUGCUCUUCGGCAGGAGUUUCACAAGGCCUUCCAGACGCAACAAGUGACUCCAGUCCUCAAGAAGGUUGCCCAACAGCUAGAGCUGGAGGAGGCGCUGCGCGGCGCGGGCGGUGGGGGACGUGGGCGGCAGAGUGUCGUCGCUGCUGUUCUGCGCGACCUGCAACGCGGGCGUCGCCGAGAUCAUCCGGGAGGUGGAGGGCGGCAUCCCGCCCGAGGACAUCGCGGCCAUGAUGGUCGGACUCUGCGUCGACCUCGGCAUCGCGAAUCUCAACUUCUGCGAACACUUCAUCGCGGAGGCCCAGCCUCAGCUCUUCUGGAUCCUGUCCAACCGCCACCUGACAGGCAAGGACGUCUGCGGGAUGAUGUUCGUCGGCUUCGGCUGCGACACGGACAACCCGGAGCGGAUCUGGGAGGUGACACUGCCGGACGCGCCCAAACCGCCGGUGACCGAGCCUGCGUUGCCGGAGCCUGGUAGCCCUGUGAUGAAGGUCCUGCACUUGGCCGACACGCACUUCGACCCCUUCUACAAGCCCGGGAGCAACGCUGAGUGCGGUGAGAAGUACUUCUGCUGCAGGGAGGAGAGUGGCGUCGUCGAAACCCCCGAAGCCGCAGCCGGUUACUGGGGCGACUACCGCAACUGCGACGCGCCUCGCUGGCUUCUGGAAGCAAUUUUCUCACAUAUUAAUGAGACACAUCAGGACCUGGACCUGAUUCUGUGGACAGGAGACCUGAUUCCUCACAACGUCUGGAACACGACUCGCGAGGGCAACCUUGACAUCAUUCGCCAGACGGUCCAGAUGGUCAAGCAAUACUUCCCCGACACCCCGGUCUUCCCGGCCAUAGGCAACCACGAAUCCCAUCCGGUCAAUGC